GUCUUAUCUAGAGGGGUAGGGAUCAAGCAUUAAAUAAUGUAUGCAUUCUUAAAAGUUAAAACAACUUAAAAAAAAUGCUUCAUUUAAGGUUCGGAGUGUUGCGAAAAUUUCCAGAUUUGACGACGUUCUCUUUUUCAUUUAUUACUAUUCCAAACAAAAAGCGAUAAUAAAUAAAAAAAAAAAGAAAAAAAAAACGAUUCAAAAAGCCAAUCCCGACUCUCCCUCUCCUUUCUAUCUCUGGAUCCCAAUCCCAUCAUAUUCUCAAUUUUCGAUCUUUAAUUCACCAGAUCGAACAAAAACAAAAGAAAAAGAAAUUCUCGGAUCUUUACUUUACCAAUCAAUAAUCGGAAAAAAGAAAUGGCAUCGGAACAGUUGAUGUCCGGUGGUGGUUCACGGUACUACCAAUUACAAUCGGAGCCCUUACCAUCGAUGAUGUCAUCAUUCCUCUCUUUCGCUCAAGGUGUCGCCCCUGAGUCAACUCGGAUUUUCGAUGAGUUACCUAAAGCUACCAUUGUCUCCGUCUCCAGACCCGACGCCGGCGAUAUCAGCCCCAUGCUUUUAUCUUACACCAUCGAAUUCCAAUACAAACAAUUUAAGUGGCGGUUAUUGAAGAAAGCUUCACACGUUUUUUACUUACACUUUGCUUUGAAGAAACGCUUGUUUAUUGAAGAAAUUCACGAGAAGCAAGAACAGGUUAAAGAAUGGCUUCAAAAUCUAGGAAUAGGAGACCAUACGCCAGUUGUGCAAGAUGAUGAUGAACCGGAUGAUGAUGCUGUUCCUUUACAUCAUGAUGAAAGUGCUAAAAACAGAGAUGUUCCAUCAAGUGCUGCUCUUCCAGUUAUUAGACCAGCCUUGGGAAGGCAGUCUUCGAUGUCGGACAGAGCAAAGGUUGCAAUGCAAGAAUAUCUGAACCACUUUCUUGGAAAUAUGGAUAUUGUUAACUCUCGUGAGGUUUGCAAGUUUUUGGAGGUUUCAAAGUUGUCAUUUUCACCAGAGUAUGGCCCUAAGCUGAAGGAAGAGUAUGUGAUGGUGAAGCAUCUACCAAAAAUUGCCAAGAAUGAUGACUCUGAUAGAUGCUGUGCAUGUUGUUGGUUCAAUUGCUGUAAUGAUAACUGGCAAAAGGUGUGGGCUGUGCUGAAACCUGGAUUCUUAGCCUUGCUGGGAGAUCCUUUUGAUUCCAAACCUUUAGAUAUAAUUGUUUUCAAUGUAUUACCAGCCUCGGAUGGUAAUGGUGAGGGCCGGGUAUCAUUAGCAGCAGAAGUAAAGGAACGUAAUCCUUUACGCCAUGCUUUUAAGGUCACAUGUGGAAUUCGGAGCAUAAAGUUAAGAACGAAGAGUAGUGCUAAAGUUAAAGAUUGGGUUGCAGCAAUUAAUGAUGCUGGGCUUAGACCUCCUGAGGGCUGGUGUCAUCCUCAUCGCUUUGGCUCUUUUGCUCCACCAAGGGGUUUGACAGAAGACGAUAGUCAGGCUCAAUGGUUCAUAGAUGGUAGGGCAGCUUUUGAUGCUAUAGCUUCAUCAAUUGAGGAUGCUAAAUCAGAGAUAUUUAUUUGUGGCUGGUGGCUUUGCCCAGAAUUGUAUCUACGCCGUCCUUUCAGUGAGCAGGCAUCCUCCAGGCUCGAUGUUUUGCUGGAAUCCAAAGCUAAGCAAGGGGUUCAGAUAUACAUCCUUCUCUACAAAGAACUUGCUCUUGCUUUGAAAAUCAACAGUGUCUAUAGCAAGAGAAAGCUUCUUAGCAUUCAUGAGAAUGUGAGGGUAUUGCGUUAUCCCGACCACUUCUCUACUGGUGUCUAUCUAUGGUCCCACCAUGAAAAGCUUGUAAUUGUUGAUUACCAAAUUUGUUUUAUUGGUGGACUUGAUUUAUGCUUUGGCCGCUAUGACACGUUUGAACACAAGGUGGGUGAUAAUCCUCCCCUAGUCUGGCCUGGAAAAGACUACUAUAACCCAAGGGAAUCUGAACCAAAUUCAUGGGAAGAUACAAUGAAAGAUGAGUUGGAUCGAGGAAAAUAUCCUCGAAUGCCUUGGCACGAUGUCCAUUGUGCACUCUGGGGACCACCUUGUCGUGAUGUAGCACGACAUUUUGUUCAGCGCUGGAACUAUGCUAAGAGAAAUAAAGCUCCAUAUGAGGAAGCAAUUCCACUACUUAUGCCUCAGCACCAUAUGGUGAUUCCACAUUAUAUGGGAAGAAGCAAAGAGAUUGAGUUUGAGAGCAAGAAUGUUGAGGGCAACAAUAAAGGCAUCAAAAGACAGGAUUCCUUUUCUUCUAUAUCAUCUUUACAAGAUAUUCCUCUACUUUUGCCUCAAGAGGCUGAGGAGUUGGAUAGCUGCGGUGGGUUUCCAAAAUCAAAUGAGUUGGAUGCUACUGCCAGUAAAAGUGUUACUUUUGCUUUUCGAAAGUCCAAAAUAGAACCAGCAGUUGCAGACACACCCAUGAAAGGCUUUGUUGAUGACCUUGACUCCUUGGAUCGUCAUAUGGAAAGAUCUUCAGAUGUAAAAAGAAAGCAUGCAAGCAAAAAUUCAGACCCAGAGUGGUGGGAAACACAGGAACGGGGUGAUCAAGUUGGUUUUCUAGAUGAAGCUGGACAGGUUGGUGCCCGAACUUCAUGUCAUUGUCAGAUUAUAAGGAGUGUCAGUCAGUGGUCUGCUGGAACCAGCCAAAUAGAAGAGAGCAUUCACUGUGCUUAUUGCACCCUCAUUGAGAAAGCAGAACACUUUGUUUAUAUAGAGAACCAAUUUUUUAUAUCAGGCCUCUCAGGGGAUGAAAUUAUUCGGAAUCGUGUGUUAGAAGCAUUAUACCAGCGUAUUAUGCGGGCUUACAAUGAUAAGAAGUGUUUCAGGGUUAUUAUUGUCAUACCCCUGCUUCCUGGUUUCCAGGGUGGUGUUGAUGAUGCUGGUGCAGCAUCUGUGAGAGCCAUAAUGCAUUGGCAGUAUCGAACCAUUAGCAGAGGACAGAAUUCAAUAUUGCAUAAUCUUUAUGAAGUUCUUGGUCCUAAAACUCAUGAUUACAUAUCUUUCUAUGGCCUUAGAGCGUAUGGAGAACUUUUUGAUCUUGGUCCUGUGGCUACCAGUCCAGUAUAUGUGCAUAGUAAAAUCAUGAUAAUUGAUGACUCUGCAGCCUUAAUUGGAUCUGCUAAUAUUAACGAUAGAAGUUUACUCGGCUCAAGAGAUUCAGAGAUUGGUGUGUUUAUUGAAGACAAAGAAUUUGUUGAUUCACGGAUGGGGGAAAAUCCAUGGAAGGCUGGAAAAUUUGCUUUGAGUCUUCGCCUCUCAUUGUGGUCUGAACAUCUUGGUCUUCGCAAAGGAGAGAUAAAUCGAAUAAUAGAUCCCAUUAGUGAUUCGAGUUAUAAAGAUAUAUGGGUUGCGACUGCAAAGAUGAAUACAACAAUCUACCAGGAUGUCUUUGCCUGUGUCCCAAGUGAUCUCAUACAUUCCCGGCUUGUCCUCCGACAAAGCAUCACUUUUUGGAAGGAAAGACUUGGUCACACUACAAUUGAUUUAGGAAUAGCCCCUGAGAAAUUAGAAUCAUACCACAAUGGAGAUAUCAAACAAACAGAUGCCAUGGAUAGAUUAAAGUCGGUACGAGGACAUCUUGUUUCUUUCCCAUUGGAUUUCAUGUGCAAAGAAGAUUUAAGACCUGUGUUUAAUGAGAGUGAAUAUUACGCAUCUCCUCAAGUUUUUCAUUGAGUGGGGAAAUUAUACAAAACCCCAUUUUUUUUUUUUGGCAUCGAUUGCAUACGAUUCCUCAUAUUUUUUCCCCUAACAAAUUUGCACAUAAAUUAGAGAGAGAAAAAAAACAAAAAAAUAAGCAAGCCUCGUUGAGGAAAUAUGCAUUUCAUCAUUCUUUGUAUAUUUAUCUUUGAUUUUUUCUCAACUAAUAAUAUUCUGUCAAUGUCUAUAA